CCGAGCGGGCCUCGGGGCGGGGCGGGGGGCGCGGCUAAAUGCGGAGGGCGGGUUCGCCUGUCACUCACGGCUCGCCGCUGUCCAGCCGUUGUUAACAAGUCCUCCGAGCUGGGAAGGUCAUGCUGCCCAACACCGGGAAGCUAGCGGGAUGCACGAUUUUUAUCACGGGUGCAAGCCGAGGCAUUGGCAAAGCUAUUGCGUUGAAAGCAGCGAAGGAUGGAGCAAAUAUUGUAAUUGCUGCGAAAACCACCCAGACACACCCGAAACUCCCAGGCACAAUCUACACUGCUGCUGAAGAAAUUGAAGCGGCUGGAGGAAAGGCCUUGCCAUGUGUUGUUGAUGUGAGAGAUGAACAGCAAAUCAACAGUGCAGUGGAAAAAGCUGUCGAGAGAUUUGGAGGAAUUGAUAUUUUGGUGAACAAUGCGAGUGCUAUCAGCUUGACCAACACAUUGGAUACUCCUACAAAGAGAGUGGACUUGAUGAUGAAUGUGAACACCAGGGGAACCUACCUCACAUCCAAAGCAUGUAUUCCUUUUUUAAGAAAGAGCAAAGUAGCUCAUAUUCUCAAUCUCAGCCCACCCCUGAACCUAAAUCCUCUGUGGUUCAAACAGCACUGUGCUUAUACCAUUGCCAAAUAUGGCAUGUCUAUGUGUGUGCUUGGGAUGGCAGAAGAAUUUAGAGGUGAAAUUGCAGUCAAUGCCUUAUGGCCUAAAACAGCCAUACAUACCGCUGCAAUGGAUAUGCUUGGAGGGUCUGGUGUGGAAAGCCAGUGUAGAAAAGUUGACAUCAUUGCGGAUGCUGCAUACUCCAUUUUCAAAAGGCCAAAAAGUUUUACUGGCAACUUUAUUCUUGAUGAAAAUAUCUUAAAAGAAGAAGGAAUAAACGAUUUUGAUGUCUAUGCAAUUAAACCAGGCCAUCCCUUGUUACCAGAUUUCUUCUUAGAUGAACAUCCUGAUGAAAUUAUGAAGGAAACAGAAUCCCAUGAUCCUGUGCCGGAAGUAAAAGAAGAGAAGCCGCAGUCAGAGCCGCAGCCACAGCUGCAGUCACAGCCACCACCGCAGCCACAGUCACCACCGCAGCCGCGGCUGCAGCAACCACCACCGCUGCUGCAGCAACAGCAACCACCUAGAGCACAUUUUGGAGCUGUGGAAGAGACAUUUAGAAUUGUUAAGGACUCUCUCAGUGAUGAGGUCGUUAAAGCCACACAAGCAGUCUAUCAGUUUGAACUCUCAGGUGAGGAUGGUGGCACAUGGUUUCUUGACUUGAAGAGUAAGGGUGGGAAAGUUGGACAUGGAGAGCCCUCCGACCGGGCAGAUGUGGUGAUGAGUAUGACCACCGAUGACUUUGUCAAGAUGUUUUCAGGGAAGCUGAAGCCGACCAUGGCGUUCAUGUCAGGAAAACUGAAGAUUAAAGGGAACAUGGCCCUGGCAAUCAAACUGGAGAAGCUGAUGACCCAGAUGAACGCCAGGCUGUGAAGGACAGGAAGCAAACAUGACUCGUAGAAGGGAAAAGCUCAACAGUUAAAAAUCUGUUGUCUCCUCCACUGUCUUAUAAGGACACAUAUGUUUGUUCUGGAAAAAUUAGAAUUUCUGUAUCUAUAAGACUUGAAAUUGUAAUUAAAACAACUAACCAAUCAUGUAUAAGUCUCACUAAGUGGCCUCCUAAUAUAUUGUUUUUUUUCUUUUUUCAAUUUUUUCCUGUAAGCUUUAUUUUAUUCAUGCUUUCUUGCGUGAAAAGUAAUAUUAUGUAUCAAGCAAUAGGAUUAGCUAUUUACAAAAUUUCUAAUGUAAAAUGAAGUUACCUUAUCUUCACAAAGAGCUGGGUGAAGAAUUGAAUCUCUCUCUUACCCACUGCCCCUGCCUUUUUAAAAAAGGACUUUUGUCAGUGUAUAGUACUUGCAGGCAAAAUUUUGUUUAACUUAUAACAAGCAUUUUAUACUAUUGAUACUAUUCUAGAUAUCUUUAAAAUUUUAGCUUUCCCCUCUUUUCCAGAUAGGGUUACCCAGCUGGCCUUGAACUGAGGGCAGGUCUCCUGCCUCAGCUUCCUUAGUGCUAUGAUGACAGACAGGAGCCACCAUGCCAAGCUAAAUUCAGUUUUCAAGUGCUAAUUUAUAGAACUAAUUUUGCGAGUAUGCCUUAUGCCAGCUAGUAGUUCUCUCUACUCACUACCUUAGCAGCUUUUUAAAAAUAGAUCUUUAAAUCAUGUUACCUUCAAAUAAAGAUGAAUUUAUC